AACAAGAUAUUUCAGAAUCAUUUUUUUUUGUUCAAUGAAUUUUUUUUUGAAACAUUUUUGAGCGCGCGCUCAAUUUGUUUAUCUAAGUGUUUGUUCCAUCAACAACAAGAUUAUCAUCCACCACCGUUCGACGAUUGUUCCAUUGUUUUUUUCCCCCAAAUGAAUUUUUUUUGAAUUGAAUUUUUCGACUUUUAAAAAAGUUUCCAAAAACACUCAUAAUGAUGAUGAUUUCAAACAAAUUAAAUCUGUUUUUGUUGUUGAUCUCUUUUUGGUUGUUUAUCAACAUUGAUUUUGGUUAUGCUGAAUCACGUUAUCUUUUAAAACAUAGACCAAAUUGUACGGAAAAUCAUUUAAAACAAAUUGAAUUAAAAGUUGCUAAAAUGAUGCCAAUCGGACCAUUUGCCAGGAAAUUGCCCGAAAAUUUUGAUCAAGCUAAAGGAUUUUGCAAAGAAUCAGUACGUUUAGUACGUGAAACUGAACAAUUUUUUCUACAAUGUUAUCGAAAAGAAAUGGCCGAUUUAGCUAAAAUUAUUAUCUAUACAUUGAAACAAAAUAUUAAACUUUAUUGCCGAAAAAAUACAAAACGUUUAGCCAAAUUAUUAUCGGUUGCACCUUGUGUUAAUAAACAUAUUAAUCGUGCUGAUCAUUGUAUCGGUCGUUUUAUGAAUCAAACAAAACAAUUGGUUGGUUUUAAAAAUGAUAAAGAUAAAAUUAAAUAUGCUUGUUGUAAUUAUGUUGAAGGUAUGAAAUGUGCACGUAUCGUACUUGAUGAUGUUGUUUGUUCCGAAGAAAAUAAUGAUGAAUUAAUUAUGGAUACAAUACGUGGUUUAACCGGUAAUUUUGUUAAUUUUGUUUGUGGUGAUUUUGAUGAAACAACAACACUUUGUGAUCAACUUGGUCCACAACCAUCAUUAUCCAAACCAAUUACAAAACGUUAUUAUACACCAAUUUUUUUAUUGGUCGAUCUUAUGGAAUCGAUGAAAAGUUUUCAAAGUCUUUGAUCAACCAAUAUAAGAGAAAAAUUGAAAAAUCCUUUUUUUAGUAAUUUUUUUUUUGUUGUUUUUGUUAAUUGAUUUUCUUUUUACUUUUUUUUCUGUCAUUAUCAUCUU